AUGAUUCCAGCUGUUGGCUACCGUAGCGGUGAUGUAGCUGCCGUCUUGGACCCCUCCAUCUCAGAUAACCCCGCAAGCUGGCAGAUUAAUGCCGAGUCCGGACGACGCACCUGGAUCUACAACAGGCCAGACCUCAACAUCACCUUAGAUUUCAUCGACACUAGCCGCGCGGAUCUCGAUGAAACCUUGCAGGAGAACGUUACCGCCGUCCUCUUUGUUGGCAAUCUCGCAUGCUACGAUGAGCCAGCUCAGCAAGCCACAAACUAUAUCCAGGGCCUGCUCGAUUGUUUCACUACGCUGCGAAGCACAACCUCGCAUCUUCCAAUGAUCUUCAUUCUACGGGGCACCAAAGACUUCAGAGCCCGGCAGCAAGAGACACCCCUAUAUUGCUGCUUUCCGGACGGUGACGGCGACACGACGCAUGAGCCUGGCGAAGUUGCAGGCAUGAAGCUUCUUUUGCGCAAGAUCAACCGGGUCAGCGGGCCAGGUCAAGGAGAAGCAGAUCCGGGGAAAAGAGGGGAGAUGUAUCUUCACUUUGCGGAUGACCAGGAUGGGGGUGCGCUGGAUUUGCGGUUCCUUGAAGCAGCGGUCAAGGAAGUUAUCAUUCAAAACUGCGGAGGCUAUCCGGUUAAGUAA